UCUAUAGCAAAGACUGUAAUCAGAUGAAUGACUGCGCAAUUCUUUUACCGAGUGAAAAAGACAAGUGGUUGAAAUUCCGUAAUCCCAAACAUAAGGAGCGGCUACCCUUCAUCGUAUAUGCCGAUUUGGAGUGUGUGCUGCAGAAGACGCAAUCUAACAUGGAGCAAGAAUCAACAACAUACAAAUACCAACACCAUCAGGUAUUCAGCAUUGGAUAUUACGUGCAAUGCUCAUUUGAUGAUACGUUAUCCGUGUAUAGAUUUCGUCGCGAUCCUGAUUGCGUCACGUGGUUUACAAAACAGCUAGAAGAAUUAUCACAUAAUGUUAAGACGCGUUUAUCCGCCAAUGUUCCCAUGAUUCCAUUGUCAAAAGAACAGUGGGAGGCAUACCGUAACGCGACACAUUGUCAUAUAUGUAAUAAUUUGUUCGCGCCGGAUGAUACACGAGUGCGCGAUCAUUGCCAUUUAACCGGUAAAUAUCGUGGUCCUGCACAUUCAAAUUGCAACUUGAAUUAUAAAAAUUCGUUUUUCAUUCCAAUAGUUUUCCAUAAUUUAUCAGGUUAUGAUUCACACUUUAUAAUAAAGGAAAUAGCAACCGCGUUUGAAGGUGGAGUUAGUUUACUACCAAUCACAAAAGAAAAGUACAUUUCUUUUACCAAAACCGUUGAAGAUACCACCGAAGAAGAUUCGCGAAAACAUAUCCAGUUAAGAUUCAUUGAUUCAUAUAGAUUCCUUAACACUAGUCUCGAUAAAUUAGCGUCAUAUCUUAAUACUGAUAAAUUAAAAAUUGUACGGUCAGAAUUUUUAAAUUUAUCUAGCGAAGAAUUUAGUUUAUUAACGCGGAAGGGCGUAUUUCCUUAUGAAUAUGUGGAUUGCGCGGACAAGUUGCAGGACACGUGUUUACCGCCGCGCGAAUCAUUUUACAGUAGCCUGAUCGGUGAUACGGUGUCCGAGAGCGAUUACGCACACGCUGAGAAUGUCUGGAAGCGAUUCUCUAUUCAAACGCUAGGUGAAUACAGUGACUUAUAUUUAAAAACAGAUGUUUUGUUAUUAGCUGACAUUUUCGAAAAUUUUCGUGACACAUGUAUUCAAAGUUAUGGUCUCGAUCCUGCACAUUAUUAUACACUCCCCGGAUAUACGUGGGACGCUAUGCUAAAAUAUACUAAAAUUACAUUUGAACUACUCACAGACAUUGACAUGAUAUUGUUCAUUGAGCGCGGUAUACGUGGAGGUUUAAGUCAAUGUUCAGGUAGAUAUGCACAAGCGAAUAAUAAGUACAUGCAGUCGUAUGACUCAUCUAAACCGUCAUCGUACCUGAUGUACUUUGACGUCAAUAAUUUAUACGGAUGGGCAAUGUGCCAACCUUUGCCUUACGCUAAAUUUCAAUGGGUUGAAGAUAUCUUAAAUUUUAACGUGAACGCAAUCGCUCCGGAUUCACCAACUGGUUACAUUCUCGAGGUUGAUCUCGAGUAUCCUCAAAAUCUUCACGACGCGCACGCCGAUCUACCGUUCUGUCCGACGCGCGACAAGCCGCCCGGUACGCGAGAAGAGAAAUUGCUUGCAACUGUUUGCGAUAAGAAGCGUUACAUCAUUCAUUAUCGCAACUUGCAACAGUGCAUGCGUCAUGGUCUCCGCGUAACACAAAUACACCGCGUGUUAAAAUUCGCACAAUCUCCAUGGCUCCGCAAGUAUAUUGAAUUAAACACACAAUUCCGAACCCUUGCAAAAAAUGAUUUCGAAAAAAAUUUAUAUAAACUUAUGAAUAAUGCGGUAUUCGGGAAAACUAUGGAGAAUGUGCGCAAUCACGUUGACGUAAAACUAUUAACGAAAUGGGACGGACGGUACGGCGCGGAGGCAAUGAUCGCAAAACCUAAUUUUUACAGUAGAAGCGUAUUUUCAGAGAACCUAAUCGCUAUCGAACUGCGUAAUCUCGAGGUGAAAUUCAACAAGCCGAUCUACGUAGGAAUGUGUAUACUUGACAUUUCUAAAAUCUGUUUGUAUGAAUUUCACCACGAGUACAUGCUACCACUGUAUCGCGACAAAUGCAAAGUAAUGUAUACCGACACCGACAGUCUCAUAUAUCAUGUCGAGUGUGAGAAUAUUUAUGAAAAUAUGAAACGUGAUAUUACAAGAUUCGAUACCAGCGAUUAUCCGAUCGGUAAUGCGUACGGUAUGCCUCUUGAAAAUAAAAAAGUGCCGGGUCUGAUGAAGGAUGAGAACAACGGUGCGAUAAUGAUCGAGUUUGUUGGACUCAGGGCGAAAAUGUAUGCAAUGAGGGUGAAUGGGAAGAAAGACACCAAAAAGGCCAAAGGUGUCAAGAGCAGCGUCGUCGCGCGAACUAUAACAUUCGAUGAUUAUACACACUGUCUCCGUGAAGAAAUCGAAAUGACACGUCGCCAAUCAUGUAUACGAUCAAAGUUACAUGAAGUAUACACGAUAUCAGAAAAAAAAAUCGCCCUGAGCCCGUACGAUGACAAACGAUAUCUCGUGCCGGAUUCAAUUGAGACAUUGCCGUGGGGACAUUGGCGGAUACCUUUGUAAUAUAUUGUAUUAAAUACGUAUUUCAUAUUUAU